AUGAGGAAUUAUUUACUAGGUUUCAUCAUUCUGCUGUUUAUUUUCGAAUGUGAGAGUUACGUCAUAAAAUGGAGAAAAAAUUUAAACGUAAAUGUUCCUAUUCGAUGUAGACAGAAUAAAAACAAAACCAACACCCCAAGUGCAUUUCGAAGUUACAUGAAAAGGUUAAGAAAUGCAACAGUUGAAAUUGAUAUUGAAAAUAGAAAAGAUUUAACGAAACUUGAAAUUAUAAAAAUGUUUUUAAAAGGUGUAAAGGAGUGUAAAAAUGUGGAAUAUUUAAAAGAAAAGGCAAAGGGAUAUGUACCCCCGACAACUAAAAGAAAAUUGAUGAAGCAAAAAAGAAUGGCAAACUUAAGAGCACAUGUAAAAAAUUGUAGAAUACGUAAACAAGAAGAAGUACCACCAGAAAAAAAUAUUCUAAAUUUUCCAAAAAAUCAGAUCAAAAAUAUAAAUGCUGCUGUCUUAUAUUUUCAGCAUUAUUUUGAAAAGUAUGAGCAAAAUACAAAUUAA